AUAUUCCUUUUUCGCGCCAAAUCCUUGUUAUGCUCAACUCUAGAUAUAUAAAUAAACGGGUGCUAUCACAUUAAUCUGUUAAAAAUUGAAAUCCGCGCUAUAAAAAAAGUGUCAUAUAUAUUGGGUAAUGCUUUCCAACACUUGGUAAUCAGUUUUCGAACCACACAAUGUAGAAUAUACGUAGGCUUGGGUAUGCGCUAACCAAAGUUACUCGAUGGAGUUGCCAGACCGUUUGUCCAUCCAGCAAUCUUAGAUUUUGACCAAUGGUAAAAGGUGGAAAAACCAGCUUCCCUAAAGCUUAUAAGCAAAAUCACCUAAAAAUUGACUGAACUGCCCCCACCCCUUCAAUUAAACUCCAGACAGCGUGGCGUCGCGCGUUUUUUUGAACUAAAAAAAUUUGCAGCAGACAGAGUGACUUCAGUGCUUGUGAUUUUGUAAGAUGUUCAGCGCUAACUCAAUGGAUUUUUCGAGCAACGAUGAACGGCAGCUGAAUAACAACUUAAGGGAGAUGCAGCAGAAGUUGUCGCACCUGCUGGACUCCAACGAAAAUCUGGCCGAGACGGCUUCUUCCUCGGUCUCCGAGGACUGGAGCCUCCAAAAGGAGCCGCCAUGUGUUCUGACCGAAGUACAACGAAAUUUGGCUGUUCUCAAAUUGGACGACAACGCGCCACGCUUCGAGUUCCACGGCUUGGGAUGCGUGCAACAGUUUACGAAGCGCAUUUGCAAGUCGGGAUGGUUUGGUGCUCCUCCUAAGAAACACUUGGUUUGUGGCCAAAAACAGGAGCAACUGCAGCGGGAGAACAUAUGGAACAAGCGCGAGGUCGAAAAAGAAAUUAGUGAGCAUGACAUCUCCGUCGAAAAGCUGCGUUCGGUUGGUCUGCACGGCAACUGCCUGGAGCACAAUGGCGUGUUGCGUCUGAUGGAUCUGUUCAGGUCCAUUCACGAUCACCUUAUCGCCGAUUUGAGCUUUUCGCGCCAAAACUCAAUGCCCUCGGACUACCAGUUCGAAAUGCCUGUUAAGCACCCGAUGCCCAAGAGCCUGAAUAUUCGCUACCAACUGCAGGUGAUGUGCACCAAAGUAGAGCGAUUCCUGGGCCAACAGCGUCGCUGCCUGGAGACGAAUAGCACGUUCGACUACGAGAAGUACACCGAGUGCGACAAGCUGAUCAAGGGCUCUACAUCCUAUCUGCAUUCCUUCACCCAAUUCAUGAGCUUGGAAAUGCGCCACCGAGGCGGGGUGUUUGUGAACGAAACAUGCAAGUCCAAUGCCCAGCGCUUGGAGAAUUUGCUGCUGGGCCUGCGCGAGUGGCUCAAGGCCUGCCACCUCAGCGUGCACGUCUUCAACUGGGCAAUGGACCUGGAGCACCGCUACUCGGCUGCCAUGACCGAAAACCACCGGUUGCUGAACGAGCGGGCCAUUCUCUUGGCCGCUGCGGAGAAGAAGGCUUCGAAGCCACGUAAAUUCAGCCCAGAAGAGAUGCGCAUAGCCGAGGCCUACCAACUGGUAGACUUGGUCGUCUGUGUUGCCGAGCAGGAAGAGUUCCUCAACGCUCUGCUCGCCAACCCGGACACCUACUUCCCCCCAGAAGUUGUGGCCAUUUGCGGACCCCGCAAGUUCCCCGGUUUAGACUACAGUGAGGAUCUGGACUCGACGGAGGAGUCCUGGGAGGCAGAGGAGUCCGAGAGUGGAGAGGAGUUGGCGUCAUCGCCACCACGACGCUACGGACGCGAAUUUCUGCGCUUCAGAAGCUAAACCGACAAAACACUUGUUAAAAUUUUCAACGGAACAACAAAUAUGUUUUUUAGAAGAGGAGUUUGUAAAAAAAAUAAUUUACAAAUUACAAGCUUCAAUAUCAUUUGUACAAUCUUGCCAAAAAUGUUUUUCAAGGGAAAUUUGAAGUACAAAACCUUUUUGUACAAUUCAAAGAGCCAAGAUCAAAACGAAACUGUAUUGGUGAUAAUAUUUUAACAUUUAUUUGUCUAGCCAAAAAUGAAGCUAUUAUACAUUACACAAUAUUUUAUAUGUAAACUUUUGAAAUAAUCUUACAAUGCCUGAAUUUAUAUUGCAACUAUGUACAUUUAAUUUGUAUGAGGAACUUACCAGUGAAUUGUUUGCUUUGCGUUUGUGUUUAUAAAGUCAAAUAAAUAUUCACAUAUCAGUUUUAACUAAACAAAA